AUGUCUAUUCAGCCCCGCACCUUUCCGACCGACGGCUUCGUCACCCUCCCAAAACAUGAAAAGUUCGAGGAGGAGAGACUCAUUGGCUACAAAGCAGAAAAGUUCUAUCCCGUUCGACUGGGUGAGGUCUUUGAGGCGAGGUACCAGGUUGUCGCAAAGCUGGGCUUUGGCACCGCCUCCACUGUCUGGCUCUGCCGGGAUCUGCAUGAAAACGCCCUGGUCACUCUCAAGGUCUGCAUCAUCGGAGAGGAUGCUACACAAGAGUUGGUGAUUUCUCGCCAUAUCAAAUCCAUCGACACGGAUCACCCUGGUAAGGGAAAGCUGCGUGUAUCGCUGGACGACUUCCAUAUCAGAGGACCUUGUGGAUCUCACCAAUGUCUCGUUUUCGAGACACUCGGCCCUACCUUGACCAGUCUGCGAGAUUUGUUUGAUGAUAGGGCUCUUCCAAAGAAACUUUUGCAGAAAUUCUUGUUCGUAAUUGUGACGGCCUUGGACUUCAUGCACCAGGCGGGGGUGGUACAUACAGGUCUGUCCCCAUAUCUGGACACAUCCACAGCGUGUUGGCAGCUAAGGAGGAUCCUAGAUCUAUCGCCCAACAACAUCCUUGUCGGCACCAACGCCAUCGCAGUGUCUAAGGUCGAGCAGGCCGAACAAGAUAGCCCGUCGCCGCGGAAGAUUCUAGCGGAUCGCACCAUCCAUCUUUCCUAUGACAUGCCAACGACCUACGAAGCGCCGGUUAUUACCGAUUUCGGCGCUGCUCGCUUGGGGGAACCGGAGCAGAAGCACUCUGGCGACGUCAUGCCAGGUGUUUAUCGAGCGCCUGAGAUUAUUGCUGGGACAGAAUGGGACUCGAAGAUCGACAUCUGGUCCGUUGGAGUCAUGAUUUGGAGCCUGUUCGAAAGCCGAAAUCUCUUCUAUGCCGUCAAGGACGGCCAUCUCAACGACGAGCUCCACUUUGCUGAAAUGGUCUCUCUCAUGGGACCUCCGCCAAUGGAGUUUUUGCUUCGCUGCGAUCGAAGUCGUCAGUACUGGGAUUCAGAAGGUAACUGGAUUGCUGAGACGCCGAUUCCCGACCAGACUCUUGAGUCGCGUGAGACACGUCUGGAGGGCGAGGACAGAGAACUGCUUCUCGCUCUCGCUCGCAAGAUUUUUCGUUGGCUUCCGGAGGAGAGGCCGUCAGCACAGGAUCUCUACGAUGAUGAUUUUCUUACUCAGUUUAUGCACGAGGACGAGCCAGGCGCUUCUUGA